AUGACGACACAGCCACUCAGCCACACCACGGCACCGCCCCAUCCUCCUGUCCUCGCUAGGGCUUUUACGCCCUCUGGUGCGUGCAAAAUCCUUGCCUAUCCGCAAACUCGGCCAAAAUCAUCACCAUCAGCGACUCGACUCGACAAGCCGAACAAGAUGCCGAGCCACAAGUCCUUCCGUACCAAGCAGAAGCUUGCCAAGGCGCAGAAGCAGAACCGCCCUGUGCCCCAAUGGAUCAGACUCCGAACUAACAACACCGUUCGCUACAACGCGAAGAGACGGCACUGGAGGAAGACGCGCCUCGGCAUCUAA